AUGGGUGUUAAUGAGCAUCAGACUCUCAACACACUCAGAAAUGAUACUGCCCUUCCUCCUGGCUUUGACAAAGAUGCUGAUGAAUACAGCUUUGGUGAUGUGUGCAAUGGGACUGAUUCGCUCCCCAUCAGUCAUGCUGGUGGGGAGUUCAAUGACCUCACAAGGGAUGUCCUGGGAGAUGUCUGGAAAAUGACAGUGUUUGUGGGGUGCAACAAUGGGUCAACAAUUCCUACAGAAAACAAGGAUGGGCUUCCAAAGUUUACAAUUAAUAUCACAAUGCUUUCUUUGCUGAAAAAGUGUUACUUCAAAUCUUGUCUAUGGACCAUACUAUUGCCUCCACACUUGUUCGCCAAGGAGUGCUACCUUGCUCUCUGA